AUGCUUGUUGCUUACUCGGCGAAGGUCCCGGAAAACAGCUGCUGGCCGUCUCCCUCCCAAUGGGAUGCUCUCAACACCUCUAUAUCCGGCAAACUGGUCGACGUGCAACCUGUUGCAGUUUCCUGCUAUCCCGGCGCUCUGUUCAACAUCGACACUUGUGCGGAUGUCAGCUCGAAGUGGGACAAUUGUGCUUGGCAGGCUGAACAGCCCGCCGGGUUGUGCCAGGAGGCUGACGAUCUGAAAUGCCCUCUAGUUGUUCCGCCGGCCGUGUCUGAAGAUGACUGCACCAACGGAAACGAGCCCAGAUAUGCAGUCAAUGCGACUGCAGCCGGGGACGUGGCAGCUGCCAUCCAGUUUGCGAAAGAUAACAACAUCAGACUUGUUAUCAAAACAACUGGCCACGAUUUUCUCAGGCGCUCCCAAGGGUUCGGGAGUUUGUUGGUCUGGAUGAGGUACUAUCGUACAGGCCUCGACUUCCAGCAGACGUUUCAAUCCUCUUGCUCCGAGGCCUUGAAUUGGAAAGGCAGUGCCCUGAAGAUUGGUGGAGGGUACCAGUGGAGUGAUGUCUACGCCGUGGCGGCAGCAAACAAUGUCAUUGUGGUUGGCGGAGGAGCGCCUUCAAUUGGUGCCAUCGGUGGCUGGUUACAAGGAGGCGGGUAUGGACCAGCCACUCAUCAAUACGGCAUAGGAGCCGAUCAACUCCUGGAGGCCGAGGUUGCAUUAGCAGAUGGGUCUAUUGUCAUCGCCAACACAUGCCAAAACUCGGACGUCUGGUCUGCCAUACGAGGUGGAGGCCCAAGCACUUACGGAGUUGUACUUUCGGCAACUUUCAAAGCAUACCCAAACGUUGGUGCUGUGGGUCAAAAGCUCUCCUUUGAUAUCCCAUCUACAAACAGCUCUGCCUUCAUGAACGCCAUGGCGGUGCUGUACUCAUCACUUCCUGAUCUCAUCGAAGAGGGUUUUACGGUAUUCGGCCACUGGGGCAUAUCCAACGUUUCACUUAUUGGAAGUGCUCCUCCGGGUUACUUCCACAAUGCCUACAUGAUCAAUAGGACUGUAGAAGAGGCACAGGCUGUGUUCUCUCCAGUGCAACAGAAGCUUGCGGCUUUUGGUCUGAACAUAACUCAGAGAUGGGCGUCAUAUGAUGACUACUGGGCGCUGUUUAACAACGUAUCCGGGGGCGACAAUCCGGGUUUCCCCAUUGGCGUCAUCUAUUCUCGAUUUAUGGAUAAAACGGCGAUGCAAGAUAAUCCGUCAGACCUACUCCAGACGCUUGACACAUUGGCUGGGGCUCCUGGAGACUCUACCCGCCUCGCUAUAGAAUGCAUGUCAGGCGGCAAGGUUUUUGAGGAUGCCAACGAUCGUUACUCCAGCGCUCACCCCGCAUGGCGUAGCUCGUACUGCCUGCAACUAGUUCAGCGUGGAUGGCCGCCGGAUGCCGACAAGGCGUUCAUUUCGGCCGUGAAAGACGACGUCACUUCGGUCAAAGGCGGUGCUCUGAUAGCGCUGGCGCCAGACACGGGUACGUACAUGAACGAGGCUGGUUGGGAAGAUCCAAAUUGGAAGGACAAUUUCUACGGUUCAAACUAUCCUCGUCUGUUGGAUAUCAAAAAACAGCGGGAUCCGGGCAGUGUGUUCUACUGUCCUACUUGUGUCGGAAGCGAUGAAUGGGUCGAAGAUGAAUCUGGUAGGUUGUGCCGAGUCUAA